AUGGUGCAGUGCAAGAAAUGUAAACUAUUUCUAUCUAUGAACAAAGAUGACGUUAUUAAGUGCAAAGGUGAUUGUGAUGGUGUAUUCCAUAAAAAAUGCGUGCGUAAUAAUAAGCAGUUGGCGCUAAAGGAGAUAUGUGAAGAAUGCUUGAAAAAUGAGAGGAGCCCACCGCAAAAUAAAGACACGAACUCCAGCUCUAAAAUAACUGUGAACCCAUGUGAAACAUCAGGUGAAAAAAUCUUAGAAGAAGUAAACAAAAAGCUAGAAGUGAUUUACAACAUGGAAAAAAAGUUAACUGAACUCACAGACACUGUUGACUUUUAUGCAGAAAUGUACCAAGAGAUGAGUAACUUUAAGGAAGCCGCAGAAAAAAAGAUUAAAUCUCUCGAACAAAAGAAUGUAUUUCUAGAAAAGUACAACAGGGCUCUGGAAGAAAGGGUGGAAGAACUAGAAAUGAAGGAGAAAGAAAAAUGCUUAGAAAUAUGUGGUUUAGAGAAUAUACCUAACGAAAAUACCAAGCAAGUUGUGCAAGAGGUGGCGAAAUUAUUGCAAGUUAAUCCGGAAGAUAUUGAAGACGCGGAGAGGGUAGGCAAAGAAAAAGAUGGAGACCAAAGACCGAGGAUAAUUAAAGUCAAACUACGAACGAAAAACGCACGGAUCAAGUGGAUGGCAGCGAAGAAGGAGCAUACCGUCACUAAUAGUAAAUUGCAUUCCAACGGCAGCGACAAAAGAAUCUAUAUUAACGAAGAUCUACCUAAACAGAAACGGCAAUUACUGUGGUCAACACGAAACAAAUUGAAAGAAAAAGGUUUUCAAUAUAUAUGGGUUCAAAAUUUCAACAUAUUGGCUAAGAAAAAUAAUGACGAAACCAAAAUUUAUAAAAUAACAACAGAAAGUGAUUUGGAGAAGUUUUAA